UUUUUAACAAUGAUGAUGUUAUUUUUAGUUGGCCAUAAUGCGCAUUGGAUAUGCAACACUCAAGAGAGUCAUAAUAGGCGUGAGAUAGAUGCUCUUUAUAGACUUGAUAAGAAAAUGGAUUUUAUUUUUUGUGGUAAUUCCACUCGCACUUACUCUUGCUUCAAACGUGAAAAUCUUCGAAUACCUAAAAGAUGGAGAAUAACGGAUCCGGACCAUACCGAUGGAUACUAUAAUUAUUUCUUCUCCUUCCACAUUCUGCCAACAACUUCAAUGCAAGCAAGUAUGCAGAAUAUAUGGUUGAAUUGUAAGGAAAAUUCGGAUAAGGAAAAUUGUAAAGAGAAUGCGGCAUUCCAAAAGUGUGACAAAAUGUUUGUGAAAUUUCCAUUUUUUGUCUACAAAAUGCUCGUUCCUGAUAAUUCAGUCAAACAACCGCCUACAGAAGAAACGACAACGAUGGCUACCUGUCCGCCUUGUGUGUUUCGCUGUCCGAAAGUUGAUUGCCCGCCUGAUACCAAUAUCUUGCAACCACAAAAUUCAACUGAAAAAGUUGAAAUAACGCCUCAAAAUGGAAGUAAUUUGCCUGGAGUACCGUCAACUACAAAACCAUCAUCUAAAGAUGAUUGCUACAACGAUGGGACUAAAAAGGAUUCAAAGAAAACUUUGCAAAUUACUCUCGUUAUUGUUGGCUCUAUAAUAUUGCUUAUAAUGUUCACCGCUCUUCUCAUCUGUCUAUUCGUCAGCAAAAGCAAAUAA